CAAGGCGCCGCGCGCCCCCGCCCGGCCGACGGCAAGGUACACAGCUGCCUCGGCGCCGCGAGCGCAUGGGAGCACGUCCCGCGCAUGCCUGGGUUCCCGGCGAACGCGCACGCUACGUUCCGAGUCCCGCUCGAUGACGCGGAGGCGCUGUAUGUGUUCAGCCGCGGGAAGAACCAGGACGGGUGGCUGCGGAUCGUGCACGAGGAUAGGCUUGUGGACGGGUAUGCGGAGGUGGUGGUUGAGGCGUCGUAUGAGCACGAGGGGGUGCUUGAUAGCUCGAGCGUGUGUUAUCUCGAGAGGGAAGCGGGGGAGCGCGGGGUUGGGUUGAUGACUCCGGAUGGUUGGUCCAGUGAGCCCCACGGGACGGUGUGGUUCCAGGUCAAGGUCGCUCUCCCCGCAGGUGUUGAAGUCAGGAGGCUCGAAGCGCAUAUGUCCAACUAUGCGAUUACGGUCGAGGACACGCGUGAUACUAUCGUGUUCGACGAUGUCGAUCUGAAAACCUCCAACUUCGGGAUCGACGUGAAGUCGCUCAACGCCUCUCGGGCGUCGCUCAGGUCGUCCAAUGGACCUAUCAAAGGACGUUUCGCAGCCCGCCAGCUCUUGGACUUGCACACGUCGAACGCGGAAAUCAACGUUCUCGUCGAUCUCUUCAAUGAGGACGGCGAGUCUGCGACGGAGUAUCGAGCGAGGACGAUCAACGGGUACCUCCACAGCUUCAUCAACCUGGCGAGGUUCGCCGACGCACCAAGCAGCGGCGGCUCGUACAGUAUUGAUACUCGGACGUCAAACGGCGGCCUCGCCCUCAACUUUGGCUCGUCUCCAGUUGACUCCCAUCUCGAUGUCGUGGCGUGGACGUCUAACGCCCCCGCCUCUGUCGUCUUGCACCCUGCGUUCGAAGGCAGGUACCAUGCGGAUACGUCGAACGCUGGUGCUACGCUUAUGAGGACGAACACAAAGGACCCUUCUGGCAAGGGGAGAGAGAGGGUGAUACGCGAGGAUGUAGGUUUGAGGCAGACUGAGGUCGGAGGCGUCGUGUUUUGGGACGACGAGGACAGUAGCGACAAGGCUGACAAGGGGAGUGUUAGGGUGAGCUCGUCUAACAAGCUCGUCACCUUGGUUAUUUGAUCGGAGGAUGUUCGUGUUAUGAUUUUGAAGUAUUUAUUCAUUCUGUUCCCUGAUCCCCUUUCACCGUGUCCCUCUGUCAACGUUCAGAUGUUCAUUCCGAUAUGUAUUGCUACGACAUUUCGGGUUCCAAUAGCAUCCG